CGCGCCCGCCGCCGCUGCGGGGCCCGCGGAGCCGCCGGAGCGGGAGAUCCCUGGAGAAUGGAUUUCUUUUCUUUCUGUUGCCCAGGCGCCAGCGCAGCUCCUUGUGAAGCACCGCUGUGAAAACCAGUCCAGAAUGGAACAUUCCUGCUUGCUCCUGCUGCUCUGUGUUAGUUUUCUGUUGGCACAAGCUUUACCUCCCAAUGGAACUGAAUUACCCAAACCUACAGCAACAACAAACUCUACCGAGGAGAACAAUUUACACAAGGACCUACUGACUUCCGUGCUGAUUCUGCUCCUGGUCUUCAUCAUUUUCAUCCUGUUGGCUGGCUAUUUUUUCAGGUUUAGAAGACACAGGAAAGCUGUUGUGAACUCCGGGGACAAAAAGAUGCCAAAUGGGAUCUUGGAAGAACAAGAACAGCAAAGGGUGAUGCUGCUCAGCAGGUCUCCCUCAGGCCCAAAGAAGUAUUUCCCCAUUCCAGUAGAAAAUCUCGAAGAGGAAAUCCGGAUGCGAUCAGCAGACGAAGGGAAGCUCUUCCGGGAGGAGUUUAAUUCCUUAACACCUGGAUAUGUGCAGGGAACAUUUGAAAUUGCAAAUAAGGAAGAAAACAGGGAGAAGAACAGAUACCCAAACAUCCUGCCAUAUGAUCAUUCCAGAGUGAUUUUGACCCAGCUCGAUGGAGUCCCACCUUCAGACUACAUUAAUGCAUCAUAUAUAGAUGGUUACAAUGAAAAGAACAAAUUUAUAGCAGCACAAGGACCCAAGCAAGAAACAGUUAAUGAUUUCUGGAGGAUGAUCUGGGAGCAGAAGUCAGCUGUGAUCGUCAUGUUAACCAACCUGAAGGAGAGGAAGGAGGAAAAAUGUCACCAGUACUGGCCUGACCAAGGGUGCUGGACUUAUGGGAAUAUCCGGGUGUCUGUGGAAGAUUGCAUCGUCCUGGUGGACUACACCAUCCGCAAGUUCUGCGUGCAGUCGCUCCAGGACGGCUGUAAAGCCCCCAGGCUCGUUACGCAGCUUCACUUCACCAGCUGGCCUGACUUUGGGGUGCCUUUCACACCCAUUGGGAUGCUGAAAUUCCUGAAAAAAGUCAAAGCACUGAAUCCUGCCCAUGCUGGACCAAUUGUGGUUCACUGUAGCGCCGGCGUGGGACGCACCGGCACCUUCAUCGUCAUCGAUGCCAUCAUGGACAUGAUGCACUCUGAGCAGAAGGUUGAUGUCUUUGAGUUUGUUUCCAGGAUCCGUAACCAGCGUCCACAGAUGGUUCAGACUGACAUGCAAUACUCCUUCAUUUAUCAAGCCUUACUUGAAUACUACCUCUACGGGGACACGGAGCUGGAUGUGUCAUCCUUAGAAAAACAUCUACAAACAUCACACACUGCGGCACCAAACCUGGUCAAGAUAGGGCUAGAGGAAGAGUUUAAAAAGUUGACAAAUGUUCGAAUAAUGAAGGAAAACAUGAGAACUGGCAAUCUUCCAGCAAACAUGAAGAAAGCCAGAGUCAUCCAGAUUAUCCCAUAUGAUUUUAACAGGGUGAUUCUGUCAAUGAAAAGAGGGCAGGAGUACACAGACUACAUCAAUGCCUCCUUCAUAGAUGGCUAUCGCCAGAAGGACUACUUCAUUGCCACCCAGGGCCCGCUCCCACACACGGUGGAGGAUUUCUGGAGGAUGGUGUGGGAGUGGAAGUGCCACACCAUCGUCAUGCUCACGGAGGUUCAGGAGAGGGAGCAGGAAAAAUGCUGCCAGUACUGGCCAUCAGAGGGCUCUGUAACUCACGGAGAGAUCACCGUGGAAAUAAAGAGUGACAGCCUGUUAGAUGCCAUCAGUGUCAGGGACUUCCUCGUUACGUACAACCAGGGUAACCAGGAGAAGCAGAGCAGGCUCGUUCGGCAGUUCCACUUCCACGGGUGGCCAGAAAUCGGGAUUCCUGCUGAAGGAAAAGGGAUGAUCGACCUGAUUGCAGCUGUUCAAAAGCAGCAGCAGCAAACAGGCAACCACCCCAUUACAGUGCACUGCAGUGCUGGUGCUGGGAGAACAGGGACCUUCAUAGCACUCAGCAACAUCCUGGAGCGGGUGAAGGCUGAAGGGCUCUUAGAUGUUUUUCAAGCUGUGAAGAGCUUACGACUGCAAAGGCCACACAUGGUGCAAACCCUGGAACAGUAUGAGUUCUGCUACAGAGUGGUACAAGAUUUCAUCGACAUAUUUUCGGAUUAUGCUAACUUCAAAUGAGAAUUCCUGCCUUAUUUUUUAAUUUGUCUGUAUAAAUAGUUGUACAUUCUGUUAAUUUAUUCCAUGUCACUUUGAUGGUUGACUUUACUGUAAAUAUGACCUGGUGUUUGCUCUAAAAAGUUGCAUUUGCUGUAUAAAGUUAUUUCUUAAAUAUAAAUACCUUCUAAAGCAAAGUAUAAUGUUCCUAUACAGUUUAUCACUCUAAGAUGGUAUAGAAAUCUUUAUUCUAAAUAACAGUAAAUUAAUUACUGAAGGUCUAUUUCUUUGAUUAUUUUUUUUCCCACUUAUAAAUAUUUGUCAAUAAUGCUAUCUUCCAGCUCUUGAAGCUUUACACAGGUGAUUUACAUUUCAUACCAAAAAAAGAACUGAAUUGUGGUACCUAUGUUGAAAUGUGUUUUGGCCAUAAACCUUUCUUCAGUGUGGAAGUGGUUUUGAGGACACAUUCUGAUAACCUGCUGACUUCUCUGGAGUUUAUUUCACAGAUAGUCUCACUAAAGGCCAAGAGGCUGUUGGAGUGAAGUGCUGUUAAUGGUAAAGGUGUCAGGAUGUGGCCCUUCAGGUGUAAUAAUGCACAGUCCAGCUGAAAAGUGGAACUGCUUUUAAAGUUGGGUCUCGAGGACCUCCAGGUUGGUGGCAGCUCUACUUUGAGUCUCACUGUCAGUGAGGUCUGGUCAGUAUAAAUACAGCUGUGAAUGUUUGAUUUAAUAUAGCUUUCCAAGUCCAUUUAUUUUGUUCUUUCCUAAAUACUACACCAGCUUAAAUGAAUUUAGAAAGACAAUAAUGGGAGUUUACCACUAUUUUGAGGAUAUUUUGCAUAUCAGAAGAGUAUAUUUUGCAGCAUCUGAACUUGUCUACUUGAAGAGGCUUUACAGCCAUUGUCAGAAAUGGAUGUAAAGUCUCUCUAGAUGCACGUGCAUCAUUUCCCACUUCUCUGAGAAGAGGUGAAAGAGAUGAAGUCUUAUGCCUAGAUUCUGCUCAACAGAAUAAAUAACAGUAUUUGCUAAAAUUUUGACCAAACCAUUUUACUAACAGUGUAAUGCUAGCAUUGUAGCAAAAAGCUCCUCAGUGUUCUUACCCUCCCAUAUAUAUAUUAUCAGAAAAGGGACGAUUCCUUUAUCUCAAAGGGGUAUAUGACUGUAUAUAGCUAUAUUUUUAAUGAAAGUACUACUGAUAAUAUAAUUGGUGAAAUCAAGUUUUAAAGUCUUUAUUGUAGCCCUGAACAGGAUAUGCUUGGGGGUCAGAAAUUCCAAAAAUCCCAGGGCAUCAGAAUGUUGAAUAAUUUAAAAAGUAUAUCUUUUCCACUCUUUAAAAUGCAUAUAUGAAUUAAUGAGCACAAAGUAUGUGAACAUGUACUUUUUAUGACUUAACUCAUAUGCAAUAGUUCUGGCUUGUCCACUGGGUUGGGUUUUUCCAAUGCAAACAUAAAAGCCUUAUUCAAAAUAAGCAACUUACACUGUCAUUUCACUGUUCUUGCACUAUUUUAUCCCAUCACCAUUUUUCAUUUCUGGUAACAAAUGGCACUCUACUUGGUGACAAUGCAAGGAAAAGGGGAAGGUGUUCCCACCUCUCCGUCUGUUCCACAUGGAUUGGAAGGAUGCAGCUUGGACACGUCUAAGCACAGUGCUCUGAACACUGCCCUCUGCUGCUUCUUGCCUUCCCAUCGAUGCACUUCUCUAUUUAUUUGUACAGUAAAUUAUGCACUUAGAAAAGAUUGUUUAAAGACUUAAAGCUUUGCUGUGAGGAGAUACACUCGAGCCACAGAAAAGGGCUGAGUAACGGAAACGAGUGCUGAGCAAGUUUACAUCACUACUGCAUGCUAAAACUUUAUCUGAUUUGAAAAAGCCAUCAAAUAAAUUCAGUAUGGAAACCAACACAGUGGGGUUUUCAGUAUGCUCAUUUGUAGCACAGGGAGACUCAGAGGUUAAAUGAUGACAGCAAAUAAUGUGAAGAAAUUCCCAUUGUUUCAUGGUCCCCUUAGAUCCUAAUGUUGGGAUCUUUCCAAAUACUUAGCUUACAUUGGAAAAAUGAUCUGUCUGUUGGACAGCCUGCUGGGUCCCUUAGAUGAAAGCUUGGAUUAGGAGUUGCCUCAUGAAGCAAGUGGCAAUGGGGGUGUGAUGUUAGCAGGGCUCCACCUGUCCAGGGGGGUUGCUCCAAGGGAUCCUUCUGCAGCGUGUCCCGGUUACAGCAAGUGGAGGGAUGGGAGUCAGGGGAGACGUCACGUGCCAAGGGGGCACUCAGGUUUUAGUGCCUAACUAUGGACAUCUCCAGGAGCAAACAGAAAUACCUGUAAUGCAUUCCAGAAGUCACAAGUAUAGCUGCAUAAUUUUUUCCUCGUUGGAGAAGCUGCUUUUCCAGCCCGUGUUUGGUCACUGGAGGGCUCACGGCAGCACCUGGUGACAGGGGAGCUGUGCCCUGAGAGAGAUGGAUUUUCUCUUAGAUUUUCCUGUGUUGCAUGGAGUUUGCUUCAAAAUGCCAAACAGCUGAUUGGAAGUGGUACGUUCUGAUCUGUGCGUGGCUUUGGUCACUAUGUGACUUGACUGUUUUCAUGUGUUAGAGCAGGUUCCAGUUCACCUCAGCAUUUAAGCUUUGGCUUCACGGCAUCUCUGUUCCACAAAAGGUUGCGGUUCCUCGGGUUCUCUCUUCCUGAAGCAAUCCCUUAAGUGCUUUGCUGAAUUGGGCCUUAAUGAAGAAUGCCUCCUGUAAUUAGCAGUGUUUUUUAGGGUCUUUUUACGUAUCAGUUUUUUAAACUUUUAAAAUGAGCCUGACCACCUAUGUUCAGUGUUUUGAAAUGUUUUCAUUUCCCUCGUACCAUUUUUUUUAAUGUAAAGCUGUUGAAACUUUUCUGAAUAACCAAAUUGUAUUUAAUUUGUCAAAUCUUUAUAAUAUAUGUAUGUAUUAUACAGUUUCAGCUAUUAUUAUUUUCUUUUAUUACAUUUAUAAUUUGAUCUUGCUGUGUUUUUAAUGCCGGUGAAUGUUGCUGAAUUAUUUGUAUAUGCAAAUUGCAAGAUCUAAUACAUCCUGAUGCAAGAACAAA